CUGCCUGCCUCCGUGGCCCACACGCACCUUCACCCCCACCUCAUCUCCCAUCUUCACGUAGCAUCAUCAUGACCACCAACGGCACUUCCACCGUCAAUCCUUCCGAAGUCGGCUGGCAAUUCGUCCCGCAAUACUACACGUUUGUUAACAAACAGCCCAAUCGUUUGCACUGCUUCUACACUAAAAACUCUACAUUUGUCCAUGGCUUGGAGGGCGAGGAGACUAAGGCAUAUUAUGGCCAGCAGGAAAUCCAUAACAAAAUCUCUUCCAUCGGUUUCCAAGACUGCAAAGUCUUCAUCCACUCGGUCGAUGCUCAGUCCUCUGCGAACGGCGGUAUCAUUAUCCAGGUCAUCGGCGAGAUGUCAAAUCAGGGCGACCCCUGGCGCAAAUUCGUCCAGACGUUUUUCCUCGCCGAGCAGCCUAACGGCUACUUCGUACUCAACGACAUCUUCCGUUUCCUCAAGGAAGAGGCCGUUGAGGACGAUCAGGCGAGUGACGGUGAGGCUGCUGCCCCUGCCAUCCCUCCCCUGCAGGCAUCUCCUGCGCCGUCGGUGGUGCCCUCUGCGCCGUCGCCUGCGCCUCCUGCCCCCGUCGAACACCAUCCGGAGCCUGCGGCGACGCCUACACCACCUCCUGCACCUGAGGAACCCGAGGAGCCGCCUGCGCCACCCGUUCCGGAGCCUGCACCAGAACCUGUGCAGCAGCAGCAGCCCAACGGCGUGCACCCCGAGCACGAGCCGGAACCUGCUGCUACCCCCGCUAGGUCGCCAUCACCAGCCCCGGAGCCGCCUGCAACAGCGUCGCCUCCGCCCGUGUCACCUCCUGCGCCCAAAGAGCAGCCGCUCCCGACGCCAGCUGCGCCGGCACCACAGCAGCCACCGCAACAACCUGCUCCGCCACCCGCGGUCCAGGCUCCUGCUGCGCCUCAGCCUCAACAACCGCCCCAGCGGAAGACUUGGGCGAACCUGGCAGCAAAGGAUUCGAGCAAGUGGGGUUCGGCAGUAGCACCCGACGCCCGCGGUGUCAGCGAGGCACCUGCGGCGACGGGUACGCCGGUUCCGGUCAGUGGCCCUCAGUCGCCUGCGCCCCAUGUCACGACGCGGCCAACGGCGCCGCACGCACAUCCGGCUUUGGUCGCUGCUCAGACGGUCCCGACGCCCCAGUGCUUCAUCAAGAGCGUUACGGAGAACAUCUCCGAGGCCGCAUUGAAGAAGACGCUCACCGAACGGUUUGGGCCGGUCAAGGACGUCGACAUCCUGCGCAAUAAGGCGUGCGCAUUCCUCGAGUUCACGCAGCUGGACGCCGCACGGCGCGCGAUCAUUGCGUCGCUGUCGGUCCCUCAGGGUGGAGAGGGCGGUAUCCGCAUCGAGGGCGCGGAGGGCAACGCACGGAUUUUCGUGGAGACGCGGAAGGAGCGAGGAGAGCGCCCGCCACCGCGCGGUGGGUCAAUAGGCGGUGAGCGGGGACGUGGCGGAUAUCGCGGGGGACGUGGAGGCCCGGGUGGACGUGGACGGGGUGCACCGCCGCAAAAGUAAACUGCUAAUCCCUUCGGCGGUGGGCGGAUGGCGAUGGGGUCUGGUGGGGUUUCGGUAGAGCAUGCUGUGCUGUGCUGUGAGCAGGGGGGUGAGUGCCGCGCCGUGGCGGGUGGCGGACGGUUAGUCUUGUCUGGGCUGGUGGGUUGUGUCGUUUUUGCAUUCUUUGGGGAGACAGACCAGUAUCCAGCGGACGGCCGCCGCGCGUGAAAAGUACGAAACGCCUGUCUGUGUUCUAACGAUCUUGAUGUCGAGUUGCGUAGCUUAGUGUCACCAGUCGUCGCUUUCUGUUGUUGCAACAUUCUCGAAAUGGCAUGCUUUCACAUCUAA